UUUCGCCCCCCUAUAUUACCAUCGCCUGGCGGGCAAAAACCCUAAAAAAAAAACAAAACAUUCCUCUGAUUCCCAAAUCCAAAAUCCAAAUUUCACGGUUUGCUCCUCUCAUUCAAUCUCCUCUCAUCGUUACUUUAAUCGAUCUUACUACUCAAUUGCUUUCAAUUCACAUAAACCUACCGUUAUUUUGUUCUUAUUCGAUUCAAAUCUCGAUUUUACUGUUGCAAAUUGAACAAUUCAUGUAUAUUGUCAUCAGAAAUCUCGUAUUUGUUGGAGAGUAAAAGCGUUUUCUGGGUAAUUGGAUCCAGAUUCAUCAAAUCUUUCUGUUAAUGUGGAGAUUCAACUCAUGGACUUGAAUUCCUCGCCUUUACCAGAAGAAGAUGACUCGAUACGUGGGGAUAACAAUGUGAAAUAUCAGUUAACUGGAAGAGAGAGAGUGUCGAGCUUCGAGACCAUGGAACAAGAAAGAGGAAAUAAGGGAUCAAAAAGAAGAUAUGUGGACGUGGACCCCAUGCAUAUGUCUGAGCCAUCUAAGCGUAGCCAGGGAUUCCGGGAUAAAAACAACGGAUCCUUUGACCGAAAUAGCCUUCCUCCAGGAUGGUUGGACUGCCCUCCAUAUGGGGAUGCAGUCGAUUUUAUUAUCCCUUCAAAAGUCCCUCUUGGAGAGUCUUUUAAUGACAAGAUUCCUUAUAAUAAAAGAUAUUCUCCUCAACAAGCAAUUCGUCACCAAAGAAGUUUAGGAAGAGAACUAGGUUUAGUAAUAGAUCUAACAAAUACCAAUCGGUACUAUCGCGAGUCAGACUGGACAAGAGAAGGUAUUAAAUAUUUGAAGAUCAGGUGUGCAGGAAGGGAUGCAGUGCCUGAUAAUGAGUCUGUAGAAAAAUUUCUUCAGGAGGUGUCCCGUUUCAGCUCCCAACAUGCUCAAUCAAAUAAGUAUGUUCUUGUCCAUUGUACACAUGGUUAUAAUCGGACAGGUUAUAUGAUCGUUAAUUUUCUCAUGCGGUCGGAAUCGGUUUCUGUCACAGAAGCGAUACAGAUAUUUUCUGAAGCACGUCCUCCAGGGAUCUACAAGCAAGAUUAUAUCGAUGAUUUAUACAAUCUCUUUGGUGAACAAAUGCCUGAAAAUUUUGUUUGCCCGCAAACCCCGGAAUGGAAGAGGUCACCUGAUCGGGAUGAUGACGAUGCAACUGCUAGUUUGCAGGAUAAUGACGUGCAAGCAAGCCAGAUGACAAACGAUGAUAUAUUGGGAGAUGCGGUGCCAUUUAACCAGAUAGAACCAAUGAGGCAAUUUUGUAAUCAAGUUCUUAAGUUGAAUAACCGGGGAAGAGGAAAGCCACGAUUUCCGGGAUCACAUCCCGUUUCUCUUAGCAGGGACAACUUACAGCUUUUGAGACAGCGGUACUAUUAUGCCACAUGGAAAGCCGACGGGACACGAUACAUGAUGUUAAUAACUUGGAAUGGAUGUUAUUUAAUCGAUAGAAAUUUCAAUUUCCGAAGUGUUCAGUUGCGGUUUCCAUGCGGAAACGUUAAUGAGGGUGCAGCUGGAAACACUCAUAAUUAUACUUUACUUGACGGAGAAAUGAUAGUUGAUACUGAUCCUAGCACACACAAGCAGGAAAGGAGAUACCUCAUUUAUGAUCUUAUAGCAAUCAACAAAACAUCACUUGUAGAUCACCCUUUUAGUGACAGGUGGAAGAUACUUGAGAAUGAAGUUAUUAAACCUAGGAACACUGAACGAGACCAUUUGAUCAAAAUGAUCAAAAGUGGAAAAACUCCGUACUACAGAUAUGAUUUGGAACUAUUUAGGGUGAGAAGGAAAGAAUUCUAUCUACUCUCUGCUGUAUCUAAGCUUCUUAAAGUGUUCAUUCCAAGCCUUCCUCAUGAAUCAGAUGGUCUCAUUUUCCAGGGUUGGGACGAUCCAUAUGUGCCUCACACACAUGAAGGUCUUUUGAAGUGGAAGUAUCCUGAAAUGAACUCUGUUGAUUUUCUCUUGGAGGUGGGAAACAAUAAUCGUCCUAUGCUUUUUAUAAAUGAGCGUGGGAGAAAGAAGCCAAUGGAUGGAAGUCGAGUUGUUUUUAGAGAUCCAACAGUAGAUAUAUAUUCAUUAUCAGGAAAGAUAAUAGAAUGUUCAUGGGAUUCUGAGGAAGAUGUUUGGGUCUUUAUGCGAAUGCGGCCCGACAAGUCAACACCGAAUGAAUUUAUAACCUUCAAAAAGGUUAUGAGGAGCAUCAAGGAUAAUAUCACGGAAGAAGUUGUAUUGAAUGAGAUCAAUGAUAUUGUUCGUCUUCCUAUGUAUGCCGACAGAAUAAGCAAUGAUAAAAAAGCCUUUGAGAAGAACGGAAGGCGCAAAUAAUGAAAUAACGAGUCUCUCUCAAAUCAUACAUGUAACAAUAUAAUACAGAGAGGCGACGGUAUACAACACUUGGAUGGAUCUCCAUGGUCAUUCGUGUAUUGUAGCAUUAUGAUUACUGAUUUAUUGAUUCUUCUGGUAGGCAUAGGUUAUAUGGUUUGGAAAAUGUAGUUUUUAUAGGUGGUUCAAAUUUUUGGUUCUGGUAUUGGAUUUGGACACUAAAGAACAUAAAACUGCAUAAAUAGGAUGCAUCAGUUGUCUUUUGAUGA